AAUAAAUUCAUAAAACUAUCAUAUUACAUUUUGCAUGGCAUACAACAGUUGGCGCAACCAAUACGGCUACUGUUGGCCUAUACGGACACCGCGUACACCGAUAAGCGGUAUAGAGUGGGACCCAAACCAGACUUCGACCGAAGCGAGUGGACCAAUGAGAAGGCGACGUUGGGUUUGCCCUUUCCUAACCUGCCCUACUAUAUCGACGGCGACAUAAAGAUCACCCAAAGUCUGGCCGUAUUGAGGCAUUUGGCGCGAAAGAACCACUUGAUGGGCGAGUCGGCGGACGAAGAGUUGCGGAUCAGUUUAGCCGAACAGCAGCUGAAGGACAAUAACGGGGCGUUCGUUAAAAUCUGCUACAAUCCACUCUUUGAACAAUUGAAAGCCGAUUAUCUGAAACAAUUGCCACAAACGCUGGACCUGUUGAGCAAAUUCUUGGCCGAACGGCCGUAUUUUGCCGGCGAGAGGUUAACAUACGUGGACUUCUUGGCCUACGAGUAUUUGGACCAACAGAAACUGUUUGCGCCGCAACUGGUCUCGCAGUACAAGAAUCUGGACCAGUAUUUGGGCCGAAUUGAAUCGCUUCCAACCAUCGACAAGUAUCUCAAGUCCGAUCGCUACAUAAAAUGGCCGCUAAAUAACGAUUCGGCACAAUUUGGCUCACGUUUGCAAUCCAUACCGUAAUUUGCGUUACAACACGAUUCCCGAUCUAAUGGUCAUCCAAUCGCCAACCGACCACAUUGUCCGCACACAACAUAUGAUUAUCGAUAUAACAAUUAUAAUAAUCACAUCUCUUAUAAUUUGUAACUUUUCUUUAUAAUAAAAACAUAUGAUUUUAUUUAAAAA